UUAAUACAACCUUUAUAUAUAAUAUAGCGAGGGCUCUUAUUUUGAAGGGGAUCAUCUAACAUCCGCUCCCCAGUUAGCCGUCGCUGCCCUUUCCCCUGACUAAACCGGCAAUCAUGGCAGAGGCCAUUCAAAAGAAACUGAACGCGGAGUUAGAAAAAUACACACAGAUGCAAAAAGAUGUUAGAAAGAGUAUGUCAGCCAGACAGAAGCUGGAGACUCAGCUGACAGAGAACAACAUUGUGAAAGAGGAGAUGGAUCUGCUGGACAGCACAAACACUGUUUAUAAGCUGAUUGGCCCAGUAUUAGUGAAGCAAGACCUGGAUGAGGCCAAAGCUACGGUCACAAAAAGGCUGGAGUACAUCAACGGAGAGAUUCAGAGGUACGAAACGCUCCUGAAAGACAUGGAAAAGAAAUCUGAACAGCAUCGAGAAGUCUUGUCCAGUUUACAGCAGGAGUUUCAGAGAGCUCAGGGCCUGGCUGUUGGCAAAGUGUGACCAAGAAGUGAUCCGGCUGCAUGCUCUCCCUCUUUCUCACACACACACACAUAGACGAAAGUAGAAGCCACAAUAUAACGUAAACCUACAACGUAAGGCUGAGUAAGUUCUGCUUGUAUCUUGUCAUUCAUUUGCAGCUUUAUUACCGUGACCUCUCUUGUUAUUAAUAAACAUGUUUUUCAUGAAGCCUUCA